AUGCUCAAGAGUGGAUGGAUUAUUUUUUCCCCAAAGAAGAAAGGGAAAAUAUUAAUGAAUCCUGAAAAAGUAUGGGGAAUUACUAUUAACAAUAAUAAUCUUUCUCCGCAAGAUUUAAGUUGUUUUGCUCGUUUUGUUAAUUUAAAACAUUUGCUUAUUGGUGCAGACGACGAAAAGAAAUUAAAGCAAAAUAUUUAUAAUCAUUUCUAUGGUUCUCUAGAAUAUUUAGGAAAUUUAAAAGACCUAGAAGUAUUAGAUAUUAGUGGUACUGACAUUGAUAAUGGAUUAGAACAUUUACCUUUAGCCAGUUUAGAAGAUUUUUAUUGCGCAAGCAAAAGAGAGGGAGCAAAAGUGGAGGAAAUCAAGCGUAUUUUAAUGAUAAGCGAAAACGAAGCGGAAAGCGAAGAUAAAAAGGCAAAGGAUAAAUUGGCAGAAAUAGAACGUCAAAACAAAAUCUUAACGGGACAACUUCAACUUAAUAAUG